GAAAAUAGUUUGGUGUAUAUAAAACUUGCACAACGAUAUUUAAUUUUAUUGGCAAGAAAAAAUAAAUAAACUAACAAUGGUUUGAGUUGUCCUUGUGGAACUCAUGGUAUAUCCUAUAUAUAUAGCGGCAAGCGUAUUAACGGUGGCAACAGCAUUGAUAUUCCAAAUUGACGAAUUGCAAUAGCCAACUCGUAGUAUCACAGUGAAAAAUAAUAUUUAGAAAAUAUUCUAAGACGAACAUACCAGUGAAAAUAACCAAAUAAAAAACAAUAAAAAUGUUUCGACCCAGUUGAUUAAGAGAUAAAAGAAAAUUUCAUAAAAAAAAUUUAAGAUAAAUUAAAAUAUUUCCGUAAAAUAAGAAAAGUUAAAGCUAAAACCAAUAAAAACAGGAAAACUAUAAAACUGCUUGUUGUUAUACGAAAAAACAAAAUUACUAAGCAAAAAGUUAAAUAUUAAAUAAUCCUAUAAAGAAUUAUUUUAAUGACAUAGCUAAUAAACUUUAAAUAUUACCAACAAAAAUAGGCGACACAAAGAGCUAAAAAUAAAAUAAAAGUAAAAUUAAAAACAUUUGCAUACCACAAAAAUAAGUGUAUAAAGUUAAAAAUAAAAAAACAAGAAACCCUCUCAACUGCUACACGAGUUCAGUCAUCGAAUCGACAAGACAGUUACAAUACAAUAAAAAAAAAAACAACAAAAGUCGAGCAACUACAGCAGUAACAGUUAAGAAACGCCGUAGCAGCAGCCGCAGAAAAAGCAGUAGAAAAUCAACCAAAAGCAACAACUUCACUAAGAGCGCAGCCUAAAGAAAAAAAGCACAAGACAGCAAAAAUGGCCGACAAGAAGAUAGCAGAACAAUACUAUUCGCCACCGCCAAAGAUGGGCAAAUGGGAGGGUUUCAAAAAAUUCAUAUGGAACAGUGAAACUAGCCAAUGCCUUGGACGAACAGGAGGCAGUUGGGCAAAAAUUUUAUUUUUCUACAUUAUUUUUUAUGCGGCGUUAACUGGAUUCUUCGCUGCCAUGUUGGCUGUGUUUUAUCAAACACUGCAAGUGGAUAAACCCAAGUGGACAUUGGGCGAUGGAAUGAUUGGUUCGAAUCCAGGUCUUGGCUUUCGACCAAUGCCCCCAGAGGCAAAUGUAGAGAGCACCUUAAUCUGGUACGAGAAAUCGAGACCCGAAAAUUACAAAUACUGGGUCGAUGAAACUGCAUCAUUCCUUCAAUCCUAUGAAGAUCUACCAAAGCAGAAUCAAGUGAAUUGUUCAUUCGAAAAUCCACCACCAGAAGGUAAAGUUUGCGCUUUUGAUGCCAACUCUUUUGCUCCAUGCACAAAGGAAAACAACUUUGGCUAUCAUCAGGCCAGACCAUGCAUAUUCCUAAAGUUGAAUAAGAUUUACAACUGGGAACCAGCUAUCUAUAACGACUCAAAACACCUACCAGUUGAUAUGCCUCUCGAACUGCAGAAUCAUAUUAAAGAGAAGGAAAGCUUGCGACCAAAUCAGACCAGCGUCGUUUGGAUCUCCUGCGAAGGUGAAAACCCUGCCGAUGUGGAAAAUAUUAAGGCACGCGAUUACUAUCCACGCAUGGGUUUCCCCGGCUAUUAUUUCCCAUUCAAAAAUAUCGAAGGUUAUGUACAGCCAAUUGUUGCCGUACAAUUUACCGUUGAAACCGGCGUUUUAAUCAACAUUGAAUGCAAAGCCUGGGCAAGCAACAUCAAACACGAUCGCGCAGAAAGGAAAGGAUCCGUCCACUUCGAAUUGAUGGUUGAUUAAGAGCUUGCGCGCAGCCAAUAAGUGAACGAAGCACAGAAAAUAAAUUAAUAAAAAAAACCAUAACAACCACACAAAACCAAAAAUAAACAACAAAAAAAAAACAGAGAGAAUACUUAGCAGGUGAAAUAAUAAACGCAGCAGUAAAUAAAAAUGGACUACAGUUAUUAAAAGAAAACAAUAACAGAGGUAAAAAUAAAAACAAAGAAAAACAACAACAAAAUAGUAGCAAAAUUAAGUCAAGAAACAUGCAGGAAGGAGCAAAAACAAAAGCAGCAUAAAUAGAGAGGAGCGAAGGUAGAUAGAUAGAGAGAGAGAGAGAGAGAGAGAGAUAGGAUCAAUAAAAGAGAGUGCAAUGUAGCUAUGUGCUUGAAGGAGUGAAUGAGAGAGCAAGCUAGGAGAAAGCUGAAAGAUGAAUGCAUGAAAAAUACAGCAACAACCAAAGAAUAAGAACAACAAGCCGAAAAAAUAAAUGAGCUAAAGCAUAAAUAAAAAGCGCUAUUUGCAUAGUGCAUAUGCGAGCAGUGACAACAACAACAACAGCAGCAGCAAAAUUAAAGGCUAUAAUACAAAGAAAAACUAAAAAAUGUGUGCAAAAUAGUAAAAAAAAUACUUGAAACAAAAAAUUGCUAAAUAUUUAUUUUGCGAGAACGAAAACAUGCAAACACAUAACAAAUUGAAGCAAACAAAAGUAAAAAAAAACACUGCGGCAACACUGCUAAAUAGAGCGAGAGCAAACCAAAAAAGUAAAAUAAUUAAAUGAAAAUGCAUAAAAAAUAAGAAUUAAAGUAAUUAAUUUAAUAGACAAAGCGUAACAAGGCAUCAUUCAAUACAUAUGUACAUACGUACUCGUAUAUAUAUUAUUUUUGGAGACACAAAAAAAAAAUAGUAAAAAAGGCAAAAAUACAAAAAAUAAUAAAAAGCAACAGCAGCGACCGAAAAAUAUGAUUAUUUGUAAUUAAUUUUAUUUUGCGCAAUAAAUUAUGAAAUAAAUACGAUUUAUGGUAUUUAGUACCCAAAACCGAAAAGAGGUAUGUAUGUAUGUAGUUAAAAGAAAUAAUUGCUUUAAAUAAAGCGUGCAACAGCGCUAACAAUUUUGAUAAUAAAUGCAAACGCUUCUUUCGUACUUAUUUCCUUACUUUAGCGCUUACUUAAGUAAAUGAAAAGCAAAAAGAAAAACAAGUUUUUUGAAAAUCAGUAGAAUUUAAUUAUUGAAAAUACUUAUUAGAAUUUGUUGAUAUUUUUGACUAGUGAAUGCAAGUUUAAUAAACAAUUAUGAUUAUUAUUAUGAUUAUAAUUAAAAUUAAAAUUAAUUAAAAAAAGGUAAUUAACGAAAACCAGCGCAGCGAAAAAAUACAAAAAGCAACAAAAACAAACAAAUACAUAACCACAAAAAUAAACAACAUGCUUACACUGGGCAGCAGAUUUGAAAAACAAAAUAUCUUAUUUACAAAAACACAAAAACAUUUGUAAGUAUGUAAAAUGCAAAGCAGAAGCAAAAAUUAAGUAGCAGAGUGCAAAUAAAAUAUGUUAAACUAUUACAAAGAAAACUUAUUGUUGAAUUGUUUUACAAACAACUUCCGUUUACAAGCUAAAUCGCAUGCUAUGAAAAGUAUGUGCAAUUAAAUUUUUGGAUAAAAAUUAAAUUUUUUCUUAGAUAUACAUAUGUCUGAACUCGUUUGCGACAAAAAAGUAUGUUCAAUAAAUAUCUCAAACAAACUAAUUUUGAAACUGUUCCAGCAAUUAACAGGAAAAAUCGCAUGAUAUUUUUUUCCCAAUUUAUGACAAGCAAACUCAUUUAAAGUAAAAAAUUGUUUUACAGUGAUUGCUACAAAAAUUACUACAGAAGAAAUAUCGCAUGACAGAAAAAAUAAAUAAAAUGUCAACAAAACAGAAUAAAAAUUCAAGUAAACUAAUUUAAAAAAAAAAUUUUAAUAUAUUAUUUUUUCAAAAUUUUGUUUGACAGACAAAAUAUUGCAUACCAUUUUUUUUUAAUAAAUACAUAUACAUGUCUGAAACGUAUGCAAUUAAAAUGUCAACCAAAAAUAAACAACAACCAAAAACAAAGAGAAUACUUAGCAGAUGAAAUAAUAAACGCAGCAGAAAAUAAGAAUGGAACAGUUUUACUUGUUUCACAGUAAUCGCUUCGAAAAUUACUUACAAAAAAAAAAUAUCGCAUGACAUUUUUUGAAAGAAAAAAAUAAAAAUGUCAAACAAUCUAUUAAAAACAAAAUAAUUUUAAUAUAUUAUUUUUUUUUUAGUUUUGUUUGACAGAAAAAAUAUCGCAUGACAUUAAAUAUUAUUAUUUUUUUAAACAAAAUCACAUUUUGACCUGCCCUAACAGUCUUACAAACAUACAAUAUGCCUAUAUGUACAUAUAUAUAACAUCAUGUAUGUAUUGCUAAACUAAACUAACCACGCCCCAAAAAGUAUAUACAGCUAACCAACACAACCAUAAAAAAAAAAUCAUGCCAACAACACAAACACUCACCAACACACACAAAUAUGUAUGAACGUACGCUGUAAACGCUGUUUGAAGACAGCGAAAAUUAAACUUUUAAUAAAUUAAAUUAUUAUUAAUAUUUAAAAAAAGUAAAAGUUAUGCAAAGAAAACUUUGUUUAAAUUUGUUAUUAAAAUUUAAGCGCCCUCCCCUUUAAAAAAAAAUAUAUAUAUAUAAUAUUAAAUUUAUUAAUAAAAUAAAAUAAAAAUAAGCAAGCAGGCAGUAUAAAAGUUUAGCAAAAUUGAAAUUAAAUAAAAAAAUAAAAUUUAAAGCAUAAAUUAAAGCAAAAAGUAUUAAAAAUAAUAAGCUGCUUAUGAAAGCAUAAGCUAAACGGUACAUGAAUUGUAGAAUUUUAAAUAAAAUUUGUGAGAAGAAACGCAUUAUUUUAGCAAAUUAAAAAUAAAUUAUAAAAAAAAAACAAUAAACAAAGCAGCUAGCAAUGAAGCACACAAACGCCGAUUGCUAACAACAAACGAAAUGCAAAUAAAAAUUAAUACAAAUAACUUGUGAGCAUAUAAUUGACAUUUAAAAUAAAAAUAAAAACAAAAAUUAGUUAAUUAUAAUAUAUAUAAGCAUAAAUAAUACAAAUUAUAUAAAAUUACAGCAAUGUGACAGCAUAAAAUAAAAAAAAAAUUUAAUGAAUAAACAAUGACAACUUAACAUUAAAAAGUAAUAAUCCCCUUCACUUAUUACACUAGCGAGAAAUGAAAAAAAAAAACUAAGUAAGCAAAAACAUUAGCAAAUAGUUAAAAUUGAAUUAUAAUUAAAUCGAGUAUAGUGUGCAGUUAAGAAUGAAGCAGAAAAGUAAACAAAUUAUUUAUAAUAGAAAAUUUUUCAAAGUAAAAAAUAACAAAUCAAACAAAAUAAUAGCAAAUGAAACAUGAGAACAUGAAAAAUAAUUAAGCAUACGUAAAGUACACAACACAUAAACACAAAAAAUACAAUAAAACAUAAAAGAACACAUUGCAGAAAAAUUAUAAAAUGAAGUUGAAAUUAAAUUCAAAAUUUUCGUUGUAGUAAAUUUUUUUCUAAUCGCCCGGAAGUUGAAAAUUACCUUUACCUUAAAAAUAUAAUAUAUUCUUGUUAUUAUUUUUCGAUUGCUUAUUUUAUGAAGCUGUACUUAAACUGUGUUCGCAUUUUAUGCAAUAAGUAUUCUGCCUUUACACACUGUACGCUUAAGAACACUGUAACAAGCCUCUACGACACACACACAUGUACAACUUAGCUGUAAUCGUUAGAAAAUUUAUUGUUGACUUUGUUGAAUUUCAAAAAAUAAUGUUGGGAACAAAACAAACUGUAUUAUUUUUCAUUUUAAAUUUUUGUAUUUUUGUGUUAAAAGAAAUUGCUGGUGUUUUAAUAUUUAUUUCAGGCUACAUUUGGCAUGAUUUAUUUAUUAUAUUAUAAAAAUUAUUAUUUUUUCGUUAGUAAUAAUUUAAUUUUUUUUUACUUUUUAUCAGAAAAAUUUUAUUUUUAAUUUUAAUGAAAUAUUCUUAUGAAAAAACGUAAAAUUAAAUUUUAUGAAAAAAAAAUAUUUUUAAACAUUUUUGGAAAAAAUAAAGUCAUAAAAUAUUAAAAUUAAAAAAAAUUAACUUUAUUUCUUUUUAAUCAAAAUAUGCUCUUUAUAAAAUUAUAAUUUCCAAAAUUUUUUAAUUUUAAAAUAUCCCACAAAAAUAUUUUUUUUUAUACAAUUUAAAAUUUAUUUUUUUCAUAAAAAUAUUUUUUUUUUUAUAAAUUAUAUGUUCAUGAAAACAAACAUGAUUUCAAUUAUUUUCAUUAAAUUUAAAAUCUAAAUUUUUCAAAAAAAAAAAGAAUUUAUUUUAUUUUAAAAAAUAUGUUUAAGAAAACUUAAUAUUUUUUAUAAAUUUAAUAAAUUUUUGUUAAUUUUCUGAAUUUAAAAAAUAAUAAUUAUAAUAUUUUUUAAUUAUUUUAUUUUGUUUUGUUUUUUUUUUUUACGUUUUUUUUUCUUUUUUUUUAAUCUUCCAUUUUACCUGCAUUAUAUUAACUUCAAAACAUUUUUCAAACACUUUCUCGCAGUGUUUUAGCCAAGACUGUCACCUUCAAUCUCUGUGCUCACUUUAACCAAGACAGCAACACCUUUUAAGAUAAUUCUUUCAUGUUAGAAAAGCGUAAAUUCGAAAACCAUUUGUUUUAACAAAUAAAAAAUAAAGUUCCUUAAACAUUUUCUGCCAGCAAAAGUAUGGACACUCGAUUGUAAUAUAUUAAUAAUAAUUUAUUUUACGCGCUUAUGCAAUUUCCACCCACCCAGAACGAGUUACCAAGCAGCUUUACGGCGUCUAAAUUUUAAUUAUUAAAAACUAAAGUAUACACCUAAUUAGAAUAGUAAAUGCCCACCAGGUAGAAAAUGAAGGAAAAACAAAAAACACAAUACAAUAAAAUGCACAAUAUAAACCUUGGAGUUCAAGAAAACUACAACAGCUGAGUAAGAUAUUGCUUAAUGAACUCAUAACGGUAUUAGGCGCUAAUAAUAACUUAAACUUAUUUUUUUUAUUGUAAGCGCUCUCAAAAACUUUUCCUUGCACUCAAACGCUGUUUCCUUUGCUUCUAACAUUUGCUACAAUCAAUCUUUUAGCCAAGUUCACAACCAUUAUUUUUCAAGCAAUUCUUAAGCGUGGACAGCAACCGCACUCAUACGUUCGAGUCAUUUAUAUUUGCAUUGAAAUUCUUUUCAUUUGCGCUCAGGCGACGCAACCACUCACGCAUGCGUAAAAUAACGGUACAGAUGCUCAGUAUAACACACACACACACACACACACUUACUCACUCAAAUAUUGAAAAUCAUGCUUAGUCAAGUAUUGCAAAUACAAGUGCGUAAAUAAAUUUUUAAUAAUAAAUAAAAGUAAAGGAAAAAUGUGAAAAAUGCAUUAUCAGAAAUUCAAAUGAGUAUAAAAUAGCAUAUAAAAGAGUAAAUACAAAUAAACAAUUGUAAGCUGUGUGUAAUUUCGUAUAUAGUCAAAGAAAACCAAGCAAAAAAGAAAUAUAAACAAUAAAUAUAUAUGUAUGUAUAUGAUUUGUAUGACAGCAGUAAGCAAAAGAAAGUACUAAUUAAUUCAAAAUACUAGUGAGAGAGAAGAAAAAAACCAAAAAAAAAAAAUUACUUAAUUAACUAUACUAUACAUAUGUAUGUAGUAUAUGUAUGCAACAGGCUUUUCACGCUGUGCUGUGCUGUGCUGGUUGUUUUCGACACGUUUGUAACACACUGUAGGUACUAUGUGCAUGUAUAAUGAUGACGUAAAGUGCCGCGCAGCGUUAUUAACUGCAAAUUUAAACUGCCUAAUCAAACAUAAAUGUAUAUGUAUGUAUAUAUAUGUAAUACGAGUGUACGUAUGUAUGUAUGUACCGCUCUCGCACGCAUGCUCUCCACACAUGUAACACACACACGCAACUCAACUAUGUAAUUGUGUGAGUGUGUGAUAUUUUUAAACACUUUCGCUUUUUUGCGCAAAAGCCGUUACGUUUAAAUUACCUUAAAGAAAAAAUAUUGUUAUUUUAACGUUGUGACGAUAAACUGACGCCACGUAAUCACUGACAACAGCAACCGCAAAAACAAUGUCAAUGCAAACGAAAGUAAGCGUUAGCUGCUGAAGUCAAAGUUGUUUUCGUAAGCGUAAGCGUUGAGUUGUCUGUAACGUUAACGUAACUGCCACGCAGCGUGAAUAAUGGCAAUACACACACGUAAGAAAAUUACAUAACAAUUAAUGUGUAUAAUUUAAUUUGAAUUAGCAUUAAAUUAUAUACUUAUCUAUAUAUUAAUGAACACAUUAUAAAUAAUAAUGCAGCAAAAGUAGCAUGUGGUGAGAGUUUAAUUUGUUGCAAACAAAUUUAAAAACUAAAAUAAAAUAUCAUAACGCUGAGUUAGCACUAUUUGGUAGAGUGCGAGUGUUGAGAGCAGCAGUGUUGGAUUGCAACGAACGUAAAAUUGCUAAUGAUGAUAAUUGAAAACAAUGUUAACUUUUUGCUAGUAAAUGUUUUUUCGUAUGCUACUAACUAAACAAAUAUAAUUAUGAUAAUAAUAAUAAUAAUAAAAACCAACAAAAUUAAGUAGUCGUACUUAAAUAUUUAUUUUUUAAAGAAAUACUAAUAACAAAUAGCGAGCGAGUGAGCAGAGGUGCGUUGAAAAUUGCAAAGAAUGGUGAAAUUUAUUAAAUUUGGUUGUUUGUGUUUCAAAUGAGGGUGUUUCAAGGAGGGUUCCGAAAAUUCCAAACUGUUUCCGUACAAAAAUUUGUUGGCCCGUGUUCCAAAUGAAUGCGGCCCAUAAACUAUGUGAAAUGUUUCGAAAAUUCCAAACUGUUCCGUUAUUAAAAUAUGCCUUUUGUGUACCAAUUGUAAUUAGAUUUAUUAAAUUUUUUCGUCUAUGUUCAAAAUUAAUGCUGCCAAUAAACUAAUUGGAAUGUUUCAAAAAUUCCAAACUGUACCGUUAUUAAAAUUUGUGUCCCAAUUGAAAUUAGAUUUAUUAAAUUUUUCCGUUUGCGUUUCAAAUGAAUGUGGGGUGCUUAGGAAAUUCCAAUCUGUUCCCAUACUGUAGUUGUUUGCGUGUGUUUUAAAAGAACGCAAGCUUCAAAUUGUGUGCGAUAUUUCAAAACCUCCAUAAUGAUCCCAUAAUAAAAUUUGUUGUUUGUGUUUUAAAAGAAUGCAGUAAUGAUCGCAUAAGAAAUUGUAUUGUUUGUGUUUCAACUAAACACAGCAAUCAAGUUGCGUAAGAUAUUUCGAAAAUUCCAAACUGCUCCUAAAUAAAGUGCUGCAAUUAAAACGGCAGGCAAAUUGAGACCAUAUACCAGUGCUGAGGUUAAAUUGUUAACAUGCUUCUUUUAUAGAAAUUUACAAAUAUUUAUAAUAAUUUUUUUAUUCCAAGAGUCCCAAUAACACUCAGAUUAUAUCGGAUUCCAUUGCAAAUUCAUUAAAAAUGCUUUGUUGCUUUCCCGUAAAUUAAAGAGAUACGAAAUAUCACUUUUUGUUUUAGUCUACUGACUUUUGUGCUUGCGUUUCAAAUAUUCCACUCGUCCCACUUAAGCGUAAAAUACUUAUAAAUUGCAAUAACGUUAUAUUAACAACAACGCUUGUGCGUGUUUCGAAAAUUCCAAACGUUUCAAACCUUUCAUUUUACUUUUCAAUAUUUUCUAUGCGUAUUUCGAAAGUUCCAAAUGUUCCACACAUUCAAUUUUACUUUUCUAUAUUUCUUUAGCAUGUUUCGAAAAUUCCAAACGUUCCGCACUUUCAAUUUCACAUUCAAAACACGCAUAUAUUCCAUAUGCAUAAUGCCAAGCCUGCGAAUAGCAUCAUUUCUUUGCACGAUGUGUUGUAAGGAUAACCAUGUUAACAUAAAGUGUUGGAAAUGUUCGUAUUAAUUAUAAGAGUGGAGAAUAAACUGCCAUUUUUUACACAAAUGUAUGUAAAAAUUAUUUGAGUGUAUGCAAUGCUACUCACACACACACAUACACAGUUAUACACAAAAUCAGUGUACACAUAUACAUACCAUCUACCCAUACAUGCUCGCACUAUGUAUGCUUAUUUAUAUGCAUUACUGUAAAUUUUUAAUGUUAGAAACAACUAUGUAAAUGUUGUAUACAAAUCAUAUUAUAUAAAAGAUUAAAAGUUAUAACGAUUCGCUGCAGUUGGCAACAACAAUAAUGACUUUGCGAAAAUUAGCAAUUUUAGCAAGCUUUAUAUACGCUUUAACAACUGUGUCUGUAGUUUUAUAAAUUUCUAAUGCAUUUCCACAAUUUUUAACUACUCAGUUGUUGAAAUAAAAAAAUAAAUAUAUAAAAUAAUAAAAAAAAAUAUAAGUAUGCAUGCAUUAACAACUGUCAGCACGGGCGUCAGUUUAUCGUCACAACGUCUAAGCAACAUGCAACACAAACAUUUUCGCAUAAUUCAACAUAACCACCACAUGACGCCACCUAGAUAUAUUGCAUACAUAUAAACACGCCACAACUCCCCAAAGACGAUCAAAUAGGGUAUGGUUAACGGGUUUCCACUAUUAAGCGGGGUAUAGGAACGCAUGAAAAUUCGCGCAAGACAACACAACGUCAAAGAGAUAUUGGGCAAACGAGUGCGAAGGCCGAGUAGGCGUUCGCUGACAGUGUUGCGUUUGACAGUCUAAGCUGUCAAAUUUACCGCUACACUGUUAUGACAUUGGUCUUUGGUGUGUAUGGCGGUCUAAGCUGUCAAAUUUACCGCUGCACCGUUAUGAUGUUGGCGAAAUGAUUUUUGGCAUUUUAAUGUUAUAAUAUUUUUGCUUGUUAGCGUGAGAGCGCUGAGCACAGCUUUAGCGAGAGAGAGAGAGUGUGUAGGGUAGCGUACUAUAUCAGCAGGUGAGUUUUGCGCGUGGAUGAUGACAGCAAUAACAACCUGACGCCAGCGGCGAAAGUUGCUCCCAACAAAAACACAAAAAAAAAAAAAAAUUAAAAAAAUGUAUUUUUUAUUAUUGGUGGUUGCCAUGCUCAAAAAUAAAUUUGCUUUUGCUUUAUAAAUUUAUAUAAUUGAAAUUUUAUUGUUUUUCAUGCCACAUAAUUUAUUUAAUUUUUAUUCAUUUCAAUUUAAAAAAAAAUUAAUGGACAGCGGUGUACUAGUUACUUAAACAAAAAUAAAAAUAGUGAACAAAUAAUAUUUGCAUAGAAGAAAUUAGCAGCAAAAUAAAAUAAAAUAAAUUAAUAAAAAAAAACAGCAAAGAAAUAUUGAGAGAAUACACUUCUAAUUUAAGCAGUUUAGCUCUUAAGAUAAUUAUAAUUAAAUUUAUUAAAUGAAGAGUAUGUUGUUAAAUAUGCAUUGCUGGUAGCAACUGAGCAGGUGAAAAAAUAUUAAUUAGUUAAAGCAAAAACAAAAAGCAGAAAAAACUAAGAUUCUUGUAAAAUUUACGAUUAAGUAAAUAUAAAAAAAAGAAAAGAAAAAACUAAAUUUAUAAAUUUAACAUUUCAAUAAUAUAAUAAUGUUAAAAAAUUAUAAUAAAGCAAAAACAAUGGCGGCAAGAGUUUUUAAAAGUUCAGGAGCGUUCAGCUGUAGCAGCGGUUGUAACCACAGACACACACAAACACACCACGUUGGGACCAUGUGACAGUGGCAGCAUCAAUGAAGUUGCAGUGAAGCAAAACACAAACAAAAAACCAGUAUAAUACAAAAACGAGCCGAAGGAUCGUGAACGUUGUAGAAUGCCUAUAAUAAAAAAAAAAAAAAACAAAACCAAAAAAA